AUGGGCACGUUCAUUCUUAAGAAUGACACAUCCGAAAAGAGCUCAAGCAAUCAGCCCGAAGAAUUACAUGCAACAAAUGGUGCUGGUGCCUUGAGAAUCAAUGAGGUUUCCUCGAGCAUUCCGAUCAACAACAAGACUAGUCGUGGUGAGAGCCCCAGUGAUGACCAGGACAGUCCACAGGCAAAGAAAAAGUGUAUACAUAGGCUCACCACCCAGCAGUCACAAAUACUUGAGGGCUUCUUCAGCAUCUGUGCACACCCUGAUGAAAAUCAAAGGAAGCAGCUGAGUGAGACGACGGGCCUUAGGAAGCAUCAAGUGAAGUUUUGGUUCCAGAACAAGAGAACACAUGUGAAGCAUCUGAGUGGAAAAGAAGAGAACUUCAGGUUGAAAGUGGAGAACGAAAUUCUGAGGGAUGAAAACAAUAGGCUCAAGCAGGCACAGAGGAAUACUUUCUGUCCCAGCUGCACUAACGAACCAGGACAGGUCAAGAUCUUCACAGAGUUGGAAAGGUUGAAAGCGCAAAAUGUGUGGCUGCAGCAAGGGAUACAGAUUGCACCUCUGAACACUGAAAUACAUAUGAAUUCACCUACCCGUGUUUUCCAACUUGAGUCCUCUUCAGAAAAUGACUUUAUAAUCCAAGAUGACGCACGAGAAUUUGCAAAAAUAGCCAAGAGCUCAGUGCAUGAGUUUGCUAUUUUGGCCGACUCCAACGGCCCUCUGUGGCUGUCUGUCCCCGGUGGCUCGUUCGAAACACUGAACAAGAUGGCCUAUGCCCAAACAUUUCCUGGGCAGAUUAAUGCAAGUGCCAUUGAAUUGAAGACAGAGGCUACCCGUGCCAGCGCUGUGGUCAUGUUGGACUCCAAAACUAUUGUGGGUUUUCUGAUGGAUGCUGAGAGCUAUGGGACUUUCUUCCCUGGAAUCAUGGCCGGUGCAACGACCACCAAGGUUUACAACUGGCCUGCAGAUCGCAAAGCGGGCUACGAUGGGGCUAUGCAGCUGCUGUCUGUUGAGCUGAUGUUCCCGUCGCCCCUGGUAUCGGCAAGGAAAUGCACGUUCUUGCGCUACUGCAAGAAGCUGGAAGAGGGAGCCAUGGCCAUCGUCGACGUGUCUUUGGACGACGGUGAAGGCACCUUCUUCAAGUGCCGCAAGAUGCCAUCAGGGGUACUUAUUCAGCCCAUAAGGCAGAACAGCUGCAAGGUGACCGCCAUCGAGCACGUUCGAGUAGAUGCCAGUGGUAUUCAUGAGCUCUUUCAGCCAUGCAUGAGUGGUCUCCUCUUCGGGGCCAGGCGCUGGGUGAUGAGCAUGGCGCGGCAAUGCGCGCGAAUCAGAGACGUGUUCCAUGUCACCAACUGUUCCCUGAACGGUAAUAGCAACGGGAGGAAUAUCAUAAUGAAGCUGGCAGACAACCUGCUCGCCAACUACGCCGGCAGCGUCGCCGCCGUCUCUGCUGACGCCUGGACCGUCCAGUGCGGCGACGGCACGGAGGAAGACAUCAAGAUCGUGUACAGGAAGAACAACGAUGGCACAAACACCGCGAUCGUGUGCGCGAGCGCGUCCUUCCUGGUGCCGGUGCCCAUGAGGAGAGCGUUCGAAGUGCUCAAAAACAACUUGCUGCGUGUCAAGUGGGAUGUCCUGGUGAACGGGGGCAGCGUGAAGGAGGAAGUUCGUGUCGCCAAUGGCGUCGGAAGCGAAGAUGCUGUCUCCAUUCUGCAUGUCAAGCACGGCAGCGGGGCAAAGAAGGAGAUCACGAUGAUCCUCCAGAACUGCUGCUACGACGUGUCCGGAUCGUUCAUGGUCUACUCCUCUCUAGACAGACAGCUGAUGGACAUGAUCGUGAGCCCGGGAGGCGACCAGGCGAUGACCAACAUCACCCUCUUCCCCGUCGGCUUCUCCCUUGUUCCCCUCGCUGAUGCAACGCAGGCUGGCUCCGCCAUUGGAGAGGCCGGGGGAACUGUGGUGACUGCAGGGUUCCAGAUUCUGAUGAAGAUGGCCCGUGGGACUGGCCUGUACCCUUGUUCCGUGUCAUCGGCGAUCAAGAUCAUGUCGGACCAGAUUGAGUCUAUCAAAGAUACCCUGCUGAGCAACCACCCCGUCUUCUAUAGGAGGAUCCCGUCUACUAUCUAG